UUUGUCUGUCAUGACAUUGGAGCUCACGCAAUAAUCAGAAAGGAAAAUGCAACCAAAUCUGUUACACUGCCAUAUUCAGAGAUUUUACCUUGUUUAUGCAUUGAGGGAUGGUCAGCAAUUCCUGAUGCACGAAGGACCCGACUCUGCCCCUUUAAAAAAUGAUAUUUCCACUCUUUGGGACAAUAUUGCAUACAAUUCUAUGAAAGAAGUAUUAACCUGGGUGCCACUCUGUACUGUGAAGGCCAAGGUCCAUCUUUGUUGGAUGACAGAUGACAAACAGAAAUGUGUGAAUAUUCCAGACUCAUCAAGUGAUGCUCAUAAUCAAGUUUCAUAUACUCGUGUAGAUACACACCCCAGACUUUGCAUGAAGUUCGCUACAGAAACAGGCUCUUGGGUGAAAUGUCCCUUUCCUUCUGGACCAUUUUCUGCUUGGGAUAUGAAAACAUAUGUUAUGGCUAAAUCAAUGGAAAUCAGACUGACAUCACCAACUAAAGCUAAGUUCUCUGUGUUUAUUUGUAACCGGACA